AUGAAGCACCUCGCCGCUUACCUCCUCCUCGCCCUUGCUGGCAACACCUCCCCGUCCUCUGAGGAUGUCAAGGCCGUCCUCUCUUCCGUUGGCAUUGAUGCCGAUGAGGAGCGCCUGAACAAGCUCAUUGCUGAGCUCGAGGGCAAGGACCUCCAGGAGCUCAUCGCCGAGGGUUCCACCAAGCUCGCUUCCGUUCCCUCCGGUGGUGCUGCCGCCGCUGCUCCUGCCGCUGCCGGUGCCGCUGCCGGUGGUGCUGCUGCUCCUGCCGCUGAGGAGAAGAAGGAGGAGGAGAAGGAGGAGUCCGACGAGGACAUGGGCUUCGGUCUUUUCGACUAA